GCAGUCGAGCGCGUCGUCGCCCGCCGUGUGGUCGUGUCCGGAGUUCCCGAGUAUUUCUUUUAAGAAUAAUAACACCAGGCUACUCGGUUUGGCGCGUUUUCGCGCGAACAUUAGCGGCGAUCGUGAUGCGCCUUGCAUUCGGACACGGAAUGCGCUCGGGUUGUCAACUCGCCUGUGCUGCCCCGUGGCUCCCUGAAAUCCGUGGCGACGGCCACUAGUGUUCACUUGGAUUGCAGUGUUGGAUUGUGCGAAAGACCUGCAGUGGAAGCAUCGCCUUCGUGGGUUUUUUUUUUGUAAGAAGCAUCGCCUUCGUGCUUUUUUGGUGACAACAAAAUGUUUGUGCGUGGUGUUGAUUAAAUUUUGUAUAUUUGUGUAUGACAAAGUAAUUCCAAGUGUCGUGUGUUUAAAACAGACAGUGUCAACAAUCAGCCAAGAUUGCUGGUAUGCAUAUGUGCUAUGAAAGGCCUGGUGUGGUCGCCUCCUUGAACGGAGGUGUUGGGUACGACAAGUGGGAGCGCGACCGCUCCAGUAGUGGCAGCGGCGGGACCGGCUCGACUUGGGCGGGCCGCGACCGCGAGCGCGACCGGGAGCGCGAGCGGCUUGCGCGCGCGCACCAGAUGUCGCACGCGCAGGCCGCCGAGCCGGAAUCCUCGUCGCUAUUCCCGGCGCCUUUCCGGGUGACCGGCAACCGGGACCACGUGAGCCAGCAGAUCCAGCACAAGCUCGGCGACUACACCCUCGCCCAGGCCCUGAUCGACGACCCCAGCAAGUCGAUAGGGAUCUACUCCGAGCCUCAGAGCCCGGCGCCAUGUACAAGGCGCGAAAACGAGUUCAAGAAGCCAGCGCACGCGCCGACCAAUGGCAGGAUCCACCAUCGCUACCUCUCCAAGGGCGAUGGCCACGGGUCGGCGCCCUACCGCCUGCCGCCGCUCAAGAUUCCCAAUGGAGUCCAAAAUAAGAAUACUUCGGACACCAGUAAGCCCCCAAUUGAAAGUAUUUUAAAGGAGAUGAAGUCUCUGCCUACCCCGCUGUCGGUGAUAGCUGCCACGCCGCGGAAGGAGCUAGAAAAUCAGUUUGUCUACGACCACUUCACCAAUAAGAUUCAAGAAAACCCGCAGCUGACCUGCAACGAUCUCAAAGCGCCUUUACCAAAGCCCGGUAUCGACGACCGGAUAUCAAACUCCAGGAGCUCAGCAUCACCUGACGUGGUGAACAAGGAUCUCGUGCUGUCGGAGAGUGACGACGAGGUCGGCGCCACCACCACCACCACCAGUCUAGAGCCGUUGAUAACCCCAAUCGCAUCAGCCAGUCCCAGCUCCGGCAGUUCCUCACCGUCGGACUCUGAAAGCGAGUCGUCAUCGGCGGAGUCCACGGCGACCCCCCAGCCGGCCGCCCCCGCCCCCGCGCCUCAGCCCGCGCAGCGCUCGUCCUGGAGUCUGUCCAACUUCGCACCGCCGCCCGCGCAGCCCCCCGAGCAGACGUACGACGACAAGGACCUAAGGCAUGCCUUGGCUGAUGUCAAAGGGAAACCGAGUCCGAUCUCGGACAUGUCGGACUCGGAGGCUUCGUCGCCGUCGCCGGUGGCGGCGCGGCGGCGGCGCUCCACCGCCAACCGCGCGUCCGCCGCCAGCAGCGACGACGAGACGCCGAGGACUCACGCCCUUCAGACGUCCUCCCGCGCGCCCGCACAGAAGCGCGGCCGGCCGCCCAAGCAGCGGCCCACAGAGCACAGCCCGCCGAAGAAGAAGCGCGGGCGGCCGCGCAAGUCGUCUGCGCCCGCGCCGCCCGACAGCGACGCCGAGGCCGACGCCCCGCCCCCUCUCGCCGUGCAGGACAACAAGACUCAUAUAUUCCGCAAGGUGUUCACCCCCAAGAAAGGUGACGAAUGCGGCGGCAAAGGUGGAAAGGGGGGCAAGGGUAAAGGCGGCAAGGGGAAAGGUCAGGUGACCAUCAUCGAGGUCACUGCCCCCGAGUCUGGUGCCGAUGAUGAUGAGAGAAGACAUCGCGAGCGUUCCACGGAGCGACGGAAUGAGGAAGCUAUCGCUAGAGUGUCACCGCCGCACGAACAGGAGAUGCGGAGGAUUGAUAGAGAUCACAGAAUCCCUGAUAGACUGGAGAGGAAUACAGAAAGAGAUAGAGUGCCCACAGAAAGGGACAGAAUACCAACGGAAAGGGACAGACUAACAACAGACAGAGAAAGAGUACCUGCAGAACGUGACAGAUUAGCUAUAGAACGUGACAGAUUAUCUACGGACCAUGACAGAUUACCAACAGAACGAGACAGAUUACCAGCAGAACGAGACAGAUUACCAACAGAACGAGAAAGAAUACCAACAGAACGUGACAGAUUACCAACAGAUCGUGACAGAUUACCAACAGAAAGAGAAAGAUUACCGAUGGAACGGGAACGAAUCCCCACGGAGAGGAUACCCGCAGAAAGAGAAAGGAUACCCACAGAAAGAGAAAGGAUACCCACAGAACGAACGUCUAACGAUCGGAUAUCAAGCGAACGACCGUCCGAUCGGAUAUCAACGGAACGGUUGAUGCAAGAUAGACGCAUACCGUCCGAUCGAACUCAGACCGAUCGGAUACGACCGCCUUCCAGUUUAGACAGACAUUCGGACAGAACUGAAGAUAGGAAAAAGAAAAUCCGUUUAACUGACGAUGUCGAAAGAAUAGAUGUCAAAAUAGAAAAUGAUAAGUUAGAUGAUAAGGCUAUGGAUAGACUUAGUGGUGAUAAGAUGUCGGAACGGAUCCAGACGGAUCGGUACGUGAUGGCCGAGGCGGAUGUCGGAUCUGGUCUCAAACUGGGCAGGGGUUCCGAGAGACUUGUCGAGGCUUCGUCCAACGUGAGCAUCAGGUCCCGGCUGAUGGUGCGCGUGCCGCUGGCGCGCCUGCGCAGGGAGCUGCUGCGCUCGCUGCAGCGCCCGCCGCCCGCCGCGGCGCGCGCGCACCGCCAGCUGGCCGCGUCCCCGCCCAGGGACCAGGCGGUAGUAGCAGCGACCAACCACGAGCGGCCGGGCGUGGGUUCGCUACGAUACUUCUCGUACUUCGAGAGACUACCAGCUGACGCACUCUCAGACGAAGACAGGGAUCACAAGUACUACCUGGACGAGGCGACGCGGCUGCGGCAGGCGGCCGUGAGCGAGCAGGAGCCGCUGGCGCGCGUCAUGCUGUACCUGGAGUCCGUGCUCUGCUUCGUGCUCACGGGGCGAGUACUGGAACUGCGGGAGCUGGAUUCCAAGGGCGCGUUCACAGUGUACCGCGAGACCAUAGAGUACAUCAAGUCUAUACACUCUAUGCCGCAGAGGUAUCGCGCCUCGCCGCACUCUACGUUUAACAAACUGGAUAUACUCAGCCUAAGAGUGCAAGCCCUUCUGUACCUGCGCAUGUUCAAAAUGUACAAUCGUGAAGUUAAGGAGUACAACAAGAUUGUUCAAGAGUAUCAACAGAAGCCGGCGUGCGCGGAGGCGGCGGCGUCGCCGCUGUCGCCCACGCCGUCGCCGGGCGGCUCGGUGGGCUCGCUGGGCUCCCUGGGCUCGGCGGGCUCGCUGGGCUCGCUGGGCUCGGCGGGCUCGGCCGCGUCCUCGGGCUACUGCUCGCUGACGCACUCGGUGCCGGCGCACGCGCACCACGCGCUGCUGCAGCUCACCAAGUACUACACGUUCCUGUACGUCGCGCACGACCUGUGGGAGCAGGCCGACUGCUUGUGCAGGCUCAGGGCUAAUCAAGACCUGUUCAUAGCCGUCGAUCGCAAAUGCGGGCCGCUCUCUCUAUCGUCCACGUUCCGCCAUCUUGUCCAAUACGUGCGAUACGCCAUCUCCUUGUUGAAGAGCGCGCAUCAGUGACCGUACGCCUAGCGGACGCACGCACGGCGGACACUGUGACAUUUCAUGUGAACAAAAUGUGUGACAAAAUUAUGUCAAAGACGUGUUUAAAGUGCGACACGGAUGUCGAAAAUGUGUAAAAUUUAUGUCGAUUUAAAUGCAAACUCGUGACGCAUUAGUCGAUUUCAAGCUAUGACACUUAGGCGGAUGAAAAGCUAUAAGUGUGACUUUCAUGUCGAUCAAAAGUUAAAAACGUCGACCAUUGUCGACGAUAUUAUCGUGGUUACAUGUCGAAAUAAAAAUAAAUACCGGAUGUAUCAAUCUUCAAAACUUAAUGUCUAAUUGUAUUUUUGAUUUUAUCAAUUACCAUAUUUGGCUAGUUGUAUGUUAAUGAUCUAAGUUGAUAUACGACUUUGAUAAUGGUCGAAUGCAAUGAACUGUAUGAGCAAGUAGAAUUUUUUUAUAGCUAACCUAAAUAGAUUGCCUGAUUUUUUUUGAAAUGCAAAUUUAUUUUGAUCAUUUUUGGGACUGUAAAUCGUAUAUUAGCUAUAUAUACAGCUAUGGCGCAAUGAACUUUGAAUUUUAUACUAAGAGAUUUUUAUCAAAAAAUCAUAUAAAUUAACAAAAUCACCCAUUGUACAGUGGGCUACAAAUUAAUUCAACCAUAAUGUGUAUCUGCCAUAUGAAUUAUUUUUUGGGUCUUUUAUUUUUAUUAAUUAUUGUGUAUUAGUUGAAUCUUUGCAGAUAUUUUUCUGUUUUACUGUUGACAUUGCACUGUAUGAUUUAAAUAAUGUAUCAAAUCACGACAACCAAUGUCGCCACUUCUAUAUAAUAUAUAUUCUAUAUUUUAUCUUUAUUCGAUUGAAAUCAAGUACAAAUAUUUUAGUUGAUUCAGGAGCACUUUUCAACAACAUACAGCAAAUAUAAAAACAAAAUUUGAAAGAUGUAUAGAGUUUAGUUUUUCAUGAUUCGUUUUAUUUUUUAUAGGAAAAGUUAUUGAAAACUCUUUUUUUUUAAAUCCAAUUUUAAUGUAUUUGUACUUGUUUAUGCAGCGAAUAUAAUGUUUAUUCUUGAAUGAGAUCUUGUUAUUUUACCGUAAUGGAAUAAGUCUAACCAGCAAGGUGUACAGCAUACUUAAAAAGAAAAGUCAAUAAGUAUUGAAAGAACAACGAUUUAAUAUAAUAUAACUUUUAUUUUGCUGUUUAGACUUUAAUACAAGAAUCAAACAAGGGACUUGAGGCAAAUAAUAAUGUAAUAAUUUAGUAUUUUAAUAAUUAUUGAUAAAUGUCAUAAAUUCUUCGUGAAAUUUAAUGUUAACUUUAAAUUGUUUUUCAUGAACACAAAUGCGAAUUUCAAAAUGAGUUUAAAUAAAGUAUUUUUGUACGCGUAAAUCUUCCAAAUUGUUUUAGUUUAUUUUUAUCAUUGCGAGGACAUACAAGCAAAUGAUUUUGUAUAUUGUCGAUGCUAAAGGGCGUAGAAAAAAGGCGGACUGAGUUUUACAUACGGCAAACUGAAGCACUAAUAGUAUAUAUACUUACAUCACGCACCCACUACCACUAGUGUGACAUUCGGCCGCCAUUAUGUCAAAGAUGCAUCAUAGAUUAUCUCACGGAACGGCAAGUUUUCUGUCACUCACACAUGCGUACAACGCCGCCAUUACGAUGCUUCACUUUUUCAAGCCACAUUCCGUCCGCCUUUUUCUAUGUAAAAUACAUCCUUAAUCGAUGAUUGACUCUGUCUUUGUCUAAACGAAUAGACAAGUAACAACUAAAUGAUGUCAAAGUCAAAAGACUAAGCCUGAGAACAAAAUAUACCGGAACCGGAAAUGAACAAUGGCGAUUGCGCUUUGUGUUCUACAAAGUUCCCUUCCCAAAACGAUGACCAAAAAUACAAAAUAACUUGUAAAAUUUGUAAGAAACUGUACAUAAUGCUAUCCGUUGCCUGGCAACGGCGGAUCGUCUCGCUAACUUUAAGUGAUAGAGUAAUCAUAUCUUAAGUGUUUUUUUAACCCACUCUUCGGAAUGUAUCUUACGGGAUCACGAUACGAAUUGCUGUUAGCGUAACAUGAUUUAAUGGCGUUUCUGAACGCGCGGGCCAAUCGAGUAUAUGAUAUCUCAACAUGUAUGGGAUCACUUCUUAGUGUUUCGCAAUAAUCUUCUGUCGCUUUAUUAAUGAAUGAAUUCGGUAUGAAAGUUAAUAUUUUAAGGAGUUAUUUUUCUCCGGACGCAUCCGAUAAGCGGACAAGAUUCAUCGUUCGAUGCAAUAUAAUGGUAUUAUGAUUUAAAGUUACUAUAUUUUGUUAACUUGGUGUUUAAAAAAGGUAAACAAAGAAAACCACGUGAUUUUCAGAUUGCCAUUAGCCGGAUGAGUUGUCACGUGAUUUCUUUGUUUAUCUUAUUUCAGAUAUCUUAAUAAAUAAACUAUGGUACAGAAUCCUAGGUACUACAAUGUCAUAAUAAUUUGUUGGCGUAGAACAAUUUUAUACGUUACGAAUGUUCCUAUGUAGAUAUGAUGUGAUGAACAAUGUUUGAGCAAAUCGCUGCCCCGUCAUAACGUCAGAACAUUUUUUCGUAUACAUAUCAAAUGAUUCGGGGACAAAAAAAAUGGUGUAGGCUAUCAAUGGUUACAGACGUUUCACACUCUGUACUCUCAAAGUACUUUGGAGUGACAAUAAUACUCUAUUAGAAAAGCUAGAAACUUAACAAAAAAAAAGAAUUGAUAAAUCGAAGAAAACAUUGAACAAAUCGGCUAAAAAUCGAUCGAUUUAAUAACAGAUAAGUUUUGUUUUAAUUUUACUUAUAAUAAAGAGUACAAGACACGCCCACGUUAAUACUGUAAACAAAUCACAGUAACACCAAUGAACAGUAUAAGUUAUAUAUUUCCUCUUGGUUGUUUAUCAAAUUUAAGUUGUGAUUGUAUAUACAUAAUAUAUUAUACAUUUUGUAAUGAAUAUACAUGUUAGUGCCAGAUAGAUUUUUGUAUGGACGUUUAUAGUAAGAAAGAGGUCGACGGGCCGACACAUCACAUGUUUUUAAAAUUAAGGAGUGACAAGAGAUGCCUUGUACAUAGUAAUAUUGUUAGGAAUGUGUAGUUUUCACUCUAUUUUAAUUUAUGUUGUAAACUAUAUAUUUAAUGUUAAGUUGAGGAAUGAUAAAAUAGAGGUCAGUUAUGGUGUGAGCGCGUGUAACGAGGUGUGGCGUGAUCUGAUGUGGUUCGUUAAGAAUUGAAUAGUAGAGGAGCUUGCAGUGCUCUACUUAAACCGUACCACGCGUACGCAAUAGCAUCACAAACUUAUUGGUACUUACUUCCCGCACAAAUGGUUUUUUUUUUUUUUAAUUAUUUUAGUUGAUUUAUAUAAUGUUCCAUUAUCGUUUACCUUAAAGCGAAGUUUACUUAAAUUUUGAAAAUUGCGGUGUGCAUUAGUUCUGGCUACGAAUUUGAGUUAUAUUCAGCAAUUUCAGCGUUAUAAAUUUAGGUUAAUUUCCGAAAAAUGGCGCGAUUCGCACGGGUUAAAAAUUCAAAAUUUUCAAAUAAUAUGAAGUGAAACUGAAAUUAAUUUGAAUGAAAUGUUAAAGAUUCCAUCCAAGGAAGGCACUGUUGAUCUUUAAAUCGCUAAUACGAAUUUCAGGGUUCAGUUUAGCUGGGCCCAUAACCAUGUAUUGUUGCCAUUAUUGGUAUUUCAGUUGUACUAGCCUUAUCUUCGUAGCUAGACUUAAUUGGCCGCAUUCCUUGUUUCAAAAGUGGUUACCCUUUUUUUUAUUUUCGUUAUUAUAAACCUUAUUCGUUAAGUUGACAAAAUUUCACCUGAGUAGCUCUUUAGCUACUUACAACGAUGUACUUGAAUUUUUUGUUAUUUUAGUUCUAAAUUUGACUGUAAUUAUUCUUCAUUAUGUUUUGUUUGCUAGUAUUAUUUUAAGGCUCACCUUUUUAAUCAAUUCAAUUCGGGGUCAGUCACGAUCGUUGGCAAGGCAUAUGUCUUAUAAUUCUCUCUCUGUCUAUCACAAAAAUGAUCGAGAGAGAAAGAAAAUAAGCCUUUUCAAUUUUCGUCAGUAUCCCUAUAUAUUCCCCCUAUGUUCUUUAAUAGCAAUUGUAUUUAUUUUAUUAAGGUAUUAAUUUUGAUAAUUGUUGUCGCCCCGUGCGGCAUAUGAUUUACGCACAUGAAUCUUAAAAAACAAAAAUAAAAUCAAAUCACAAUUGGAACGAGUCCUAUAAUCUAAACCAUAUUGUCUAAAUCCUAAUGUAAGUCGAACGAGUAAGUUGCGCUGGAUAGUUAGGCUGUAGAUGAUUUUUAGGAAAUUGUAAAAUACUGUUUUUCUUUUUAUAUUAGUAUCUUGUGUUGAUAGCGUGUAUAAUUUGUUUUUUUAAUUUGCAUUAAGGAUUAUGUAUAAAUUUGUUUUCCUUUAAUUUUAUUAUUUGUGUAACUAUACCUUAUGUUAUGGAAUAGAAUACAUUAAUUUUUAUGUAUGAUUA